UACUACUUAUGUUUAUGCUGUGCUUCCAGAUGUUUAUGUUCUGCACCUGAAGAUAUGAGUCCAAAGGAUCUGGAAAGCUUUUUCAGAGUUGGCAAGGAUUUUAAGAAACGAAGAACCAUAGAAAGCCGCAAGGUAGGCCAAGAACACGAGCCCUCUGGAUUAGACACCUUGGCCACUGCUGCAGUCCUAGGAGACAAUGUGGGUGAGUUAGGUGAGCUGUCAGUUGGAGCCACUACAAAACAUCCUAGGCAUCGUCCUGGCUGCAGUUGCAUCGUCUGCAUUCAGCCCCCUAGUGGGACCGGCAAGCACAAGCCCAGUUGCAUAUGCGUUGUGUGCAUGACCGUGAAGCGCCGGUUUAGAACCCUCAUGUCGCGGAAGAAGAAACGCCAAUCAGAACAUGAAGCAGAAAUUGCCCAGAGGAAGGACCAGGUUCCUCCAAGGGAUGAAUCAGAGAUGGCUGGCACAUCUGAACAUCCAUUGCCGCAUAUAAACCAUUCAGAUAAUGAAAUAACCGGGGUUAGAACACAAAUGGAGGUGGCUGAGUCCAGCAAGGAACAGCUAGACUUGAAUUGCCAUCCCAACCGUGAAGACGACCUUCUAACAGAGACAACAGGAGCGAGCAUGACAAGACUUGUUCAUGCAGCAAGCCUUCCACUAGAGAUGUACAUGAGGCAGAAUGGGCUCUCAAACUUGCGCCCCUGUUUGCUCUCACCAGCCUCUUGUGAGAACGAGGGAAGCCCACCUGAUGAAGGGUGUUUUGCAUCUUUAGUACCAGAGUAUGAGAACAUGAGUGAUGAAGGAUAAUCUCAGCCCAAACGAGGCUGUUAUAAUUUUCCUUUUUUCAUUAUUUACAGGUUUAAAAUUAUAUAUGAUAUCUGUUUUCUUCCCCAACGGAUAAUGUUAUGUGUCUCCACAAUCAAAGA